GUUUGAUCGUCUGGUGUGUUCUUGUGAUUAUGUGAAGUUUAAGCAAAGGGCUAAUGCAGAGAUCUAGAUUCCAGACUGAGAAUGAGAAGCCUGUCUCUGUAUUUUCUCAAACUUUCUAGGCAAACAAACAAGUUCUAGCUUCUUUCUCAUCCUCCAUGAGGCAUUUGUUUCAGGCCGAGCCCGAGGGAAACACUGCAGGGAAUUAGCUUCUCUGUGGAGAACGAGAUCUAGGAGUUCACAGGUCGAAAUGGGCAAAUCAUGUUUUCCAAAAUGCAGACUAGGAAGACUAAUGGGGUGCUUACAGAUGAUUCUAGGGUUCCUCGUGAUCGCCGUGAGCCUCUCCUUUCUCUAUAGGUUUCAUUCGGCGGGUUACUUCCUGCAAAACGAAGACAUUUGCCGUCACUUUUCCUCUGUCAAGGAUGUCUACGAAGGAUUCGACACACAAUCACUGCAUGAUCGGAUCAGCGAUGUUCUUGAAAAGAUGGACAACCUACAAGAUAAGCUCGAGAAGACAGUAAAUGAGAUGGAGAAGAGCAAAGAUGCAGGUAAAAGAGAAUUCAAGAAGUUUCUCCAAGAGGAGGUGAUCCGACCGUUGUAUUCUGCCCAUAUUGCUCUGAGGCAGACCCGAUUGCCCCAACCCAAGGGAAUUGGAAACUCAACGGAAAAGGAAGAGCCAUUGAUCAACAAAUUCCUAGUAGAAGAGAUAAGAAAGUACAUUACCCCAAAGGAGAAUCGAGUGGGGAAGAUAAACAUGUUUGGUACAGAGAGAGUACACAACACAAUAGGCCAUGCCUGUGUACUGAUGAAGCAAGAUCUAGAAAAAUAUAUGGACUACGAUAUUGGGUCAUAUUGUGAUGAUGAUUGGAACCUAGCACAGAAGCUGAUGCUUUAUGGGUGUGACCCGUUGCCUAGAAGAAGAUGUUUAACAAGGGCUUCGAUGACUUACCAGAAACCCUACCCGAUAAACGAGUCCUUGUGGAAGCUUCCAGAUGACAGGAAUGUGAGGUGGGGAAACUACCAGUGCAGGAACUUUGCAUGCUUAUCAAGCAAGAACCCUAAGAGAGGUUACACGAAAUGCACUGGAUGUUUUGAGAUGGAUAAGGAGAAGGUUAAAUGGGUGAAGAAUGGUACCUUGCCAGUUGAUUUCAUGAUUGAUGACGUUUUGGCAGUCAAGCUAGGAGAAAUCAGAAUUGGGCUGGACUAUGGCGUUGGGACGGGAACUUUUGCAGCCAGAAUGAGAGAGAAAAAUGUGACCAUUGUCACAACUGCUUUAAACUUGGGAGCCCCAUUCAACGAGAUGAUUGCUCUGAGAGGCUUGAUCCCACUUUAUGCCUCUUUGAACCAGCGAUUACCGUUCUUCGACAAUACUAUGGAUAUGAUUCACACUACUGGGUUAAUGGAUGGCUGGAUCGACCUCCUUCUGAUGGAUUUUAUCUUGUAUGAUUGGGAUCGAGUGCUGAGACCGGGAGGGCUGUUGUGGAUUGACAGAUUCUUCUGCAACAAGACGGAUCUUGAUGACUAUAUGUACAUGUUCCUGCAGUUCAGAUACAAGAAACACAAGUGGGCUAUUGCCCAAAAAUCAAAGGAUGAAGUUUAUCUCUCUGCAUUGCUAGAGAAACCUCCUCGAGCAAUCUGAUCAUGCAAGAGCAAGUACA